UGAACACAAAGCUGUUAAACAAUUUUAGAUUUUAAGAAAAGCAGAAUAAACACGGAAUACAUAUUAGCCGUUUAGUUCUGGUUGAUUCCAGUUUAAGCAACGGACAUGUUCUGAUUUCUGUGGAUACUUAUAACAGACAGUGAAAAAUGGUGCUUGUGAACAAAAGUAAGACUCUAGACCUAUCAGGACUACCGCCAGAUGAGCCUGACCCAGGAAUACCAGAUGAUUUGCGCAUGCGUGCUAUAACCUCAGUAGUGCAGAAAAUGGAGGAAAAUGAAGUGAUGUUCUUCUCAAAAAGUGAUCCAUAUGACAAUUCCUCAUUCAGUAAACAUGGAUCAUACUCUGUGACUCCGAGAUCUUCUCGACCGUGUUCGAGACAUAAAACAGGUGUUAAUAGAACUGUUCUUAAUUCAGCUGUGACUUUAAACCAUAAAAACAGUGCAAUAUCAAGGAGCUAUUCUAGUCCCAGACAAUUUACUUUAUCCGCAUCAAAGGGAUAUAGAUCGGCCAAUGGAAUUAUUGAUAAUAUUAGACCAAAUACACGGUCAAACCUUGUAUCUAGGGAAGCGUCUACGUUUGAUUUUGAUGUAAACGAAGAUGUACCACUUGAAUGUUUACGAACGUACAAGCCACCAAAGAUUCGUAUCGUACAGACGGACGACAUCUACCUCAGAGCAUGCUCCUUCCUCGGCAUUACAGCUUCACAGACGUACAUCAAACAGGUCACAACGAGCAGAGAAAUAUGUAUGGCCAACACCUCUCUCAGUCACUUCACUGUCAAACCAAUCUCCAUUUCACUUGUGCGUGACUACUAUAUCAUGGUUCUUGACGUUUCGGGAAAUGAUCUGGGACCUCUUGGAGUCAUGUACAUAUCUGAGAUGCUGGUUGUCAACUACACAAUCACUGAAGUGAACUUAUCGAACACAAGCCCGGGUAGGGCUGGUCUUGCGGCUUUAGCAAGAAAUCUUCCCAAGAACCAAACAUUGAAUAUACUUAGGCUGGAAUCAAAUUCAUUGGACCACACAGAAACAGAAUUUAUUGUUCAAAUUAUACAGGGCACUCCUAACAUAAAACAACUUUACCUGGGCCAUAAUAACUUGGGUUAUGAGGGUGCAAAGUUGUUGGCAAUGGAACUAGAGGACAAUAAAACUCUAGAGACUCUCGAUCUACAAUGGAAUCACUUUAGAAAACAAAGUGCUGCACAUUUGUGUAAUGCUAUUAAGUUAAAUCAAGGUCUCCGCACAUUAAAUGUGUCAUGGAAUGGACUAGGAAAGGAAGGUUGUAUCGCCUUAGCCCGAUCCUUGCCAAAGAACAAGACUCUACAAUCCCUAGAUCUCACUAACAACAGAAUAGAUGUAGUGGCACUGCCCUUCUUGCUGCAUGGACUUGUUCGAAAUACAUCUCUUCAAUCUCUUCAACUGGCAAAGAAUCCUAUGACGACUGACGGUGCGAAGGCGGUCGUACGGGCAAUUACCGGGGCACCGAAACUCAAUAUCAAAUAUCUCAAUAUUGAAGAUAUUCCAGUUGAUAAAGAAUUUACAAACCUAGUUAGGAAGCUUCAAGAGAAGAAAAACAUUCUUGUUGAACAUGGUGUAGAGAUGUAUAGUGCAAUAGAAUUAGAAAUGAAGGAACAUGAUCCUCAUGAUCUAAACAGAUUCGAUCCUGUCAUGGUUAUUAUAGAAUACAUGCGUAUAGAUAACCUACGUCUAAUUGACUUUUUUGGGUAUCUUGAUGUUGAAAGCCGGGGCUUAGUGAGCCGGGACAACCUGAGGCAGGGUGUGGCGACUCUAGGACUGCCACUCACGGAAUAUCAUCUUGACUGCAUCAUGCAUGAUAUAGAUUCAAAGAAAGACGGAUACCUGGAUUUAGAAGAACUGAUGGUUGCUCAAAGAGAUAUGUCAAAAGUGAUAAUUCAGAGGACAACAAAAGCCAAGAAGAGAGGCAAAGAGGAUCUAGGCCUAAAAGAACUAAGGAAAAUUCUCAAGGAGCUUGUUGAAAAGCGAAAUAAACGCAACAAAGAAAAGGCAAGUACACGUGUGAAAUCUGCAGCUGCAGCACGUGCUCGGUCAGGUAGCAGCAAGCCUGGUACCCCGCAGAGAGACCGAGUGAGAACAAAACGAGCCUCUCUAACAGUCACCAAACCUAAACUUUCUACAAGAACUGCCCGAAAUAACUAAUAUCCGGCGGUGUUGUGUCAUUUGCUAACAGUCUUCAUAUGUGAAGGCAAUUCAACACAUUUUGUGCCCAUUUUUUUAUAUCACUUAAUAAAAUAUUAUAACACUG